AGAGCUUCUCUCCUGGAUUGCCAGGACACAGAAGAUCUUACUUUGCUCCURCAACAUUUCUGCUUUCUUCCAGAACAGAAAUGUGCACCAACAGCAGUGAUUCUCUCCAUCGGUAACUGAUAUACCCAGACCUUCCACAGCCAGACAGAACAGAUAAAACACUUUUAGGCUGGCUCCAGAAGACUCAGCCUGUGUUUGACUACCACCCUUUUGGAUAAAUAUUUUGGGAUUCAGGAUGAAUAAGACGAGGGCUGUUGAUGAUGGUUUUCAUUUCCUGARCAGCAAGAACUGGAGCUCAAGCCGAAGUUUUCCUAUGAACAUUUCUAAUCAGUGCAUGAACAUCACUGACCUUACUGUCUUUCUGGCCACCUCUUACAGCUUGGAGACAGUUCUGGGCAUUGUGGGAAACAUCUGUCUGAUUGCUGUCAUUGCCAGGCAGAAGGAAAAGGCCAAUGUCACCAAUAUCUUAAUUUCCAACUUGAUAAUUUCAGACUUGUUUAUGUGUCUUGUCUGCCUGCCUUUCACCGUUGUUUACACCAUGAUGGACUAUUGGAUAUUCGGAGAAGUCAUGUGCAAAAUGACCUCCUUCACUCAGUGCACAACUGUGACAGUGUCAAUCCUUUCCCUUGUCCUUAUUGCUCUGGAAAGACACCAGCUCAUCAUAAAUCCAACUGGCUGGAGGCCAAAUACCUCCCAAGCCUAUCUAGGAAUUGGAGUAAUUUGGACUUUAGCAUGUCUCAUGUCCCUACCCUUUUUGACCACGUCCAUCUUGUCUAGUGAUUUGUAUGAGCAGCUCUCACACUUCAUGAAUUUUUCCACUGAUAAGGCCAUAUGUAUCAACUCAUGGCCUUCAGAGCAGCACAAACUUAUCUACACCACCACUUUACUGCUCCUGCAAUACUGCAUCCCACUGUUCUUCAUUAUCCUUUGCUACCUGCGAAUCUACUUACGGCUGCAGAAGAGAAAGGACAUGUUUGAGAAGAGUGAGUACAGCAACCGAGCAGUCCAGCUGAGAAGGAUAAACAUUUUGUUAGCAUCCAUGGUUGCUGCUUUUGCUGUUUGCUGGCUACCACUGCAUGUUUUCAACACCAUCGUGGACUGGAAUUACAAAAUCAUUUCCCCUUGCCACCACAACCUGAUCUUCUCAUUGUGCCACCUGGUAGCUAUGGCUUCCACCUGUGUCAACCCUGUUAUCUAUGGUUUCCUAAACAGCAACUUCAAAAAAGAAGUGAAAUCACUGAUUCUGAGCUGCCAGCAUAAUUCAGUAACUGCCUCAAUGGAAGAAUAUGAUCAUUUGCCUUUAUCCACCAUGCAGACUGAAGUUUCCAARGGUUCACUGAUGUUGAACUGCAGACACAAUUCUAUCUAACGAGCAGAAAACAUUUCAGAGAGGUGCACUGACACCACACACCAAUACCUGUGGGUAUAUAAAGCAACUGCUAAUGCCACAGCUGGGAGGUGAACAGGAAGCCAUCACUACCUGYUUUUUGGAAGAAAGGCAAAGUAAUGUCAUAAGUGUUUACAUUCGCUGCUGUGGUACACAAGUUUUUCAUGUCAUUGAGGUGUUAAGGACCCUGAGGAGACUGGGCUGAUGUGUAAGCAGCUGCUGUAAUAGAAGUACCUAAGCUGUGGCUGCACAGAGGCUGAUAUGGGGCUCAGCAGUGAAGCUCAUAUCUCUAUUAUGCCUUCAGUAGAAAACCAGUUUCCCAGUUUCAGCACUGUGGGCUGCCAAAAGUUGUGUUGGAGAAGACUCUCUCAGUGUUUUCAGUAUUAGGAAGAUUUUUAUGCACAGCUGACACACUAGUGGAACAGAGAUAUGUACAUAUCCAAUUUUUUUUUUGCUUUACCAACUCUCACAGCCCAUUAAAUAACACUAAUCUUUCAGCAGAUCUUCACAUAAAACGACUGCAUGUUUCUAUGAAACUUUACUCUCUGCCAUAGGUUUGAGAAUWGUCAUUGCCUCUGCAAGCAGGGACACAGAACAAUGACCUUGRUAUGUAAAGAAGACAGUCACUUAUGAGGGAUGGCAGCAAAUGAAAAUGUUAUUCAGUGGAUUAAACUCAAAAUGCGUUGAGAUGAUACUGAGAACUAUUUUUAAGCACAUGAAAAACAGUUGUAGAUCUACAUGGAAAUGAGUCUGGUUGAAUUUGUAACUCCCACUGCAGUCAGUCACAAAGUUCUGCAAUGCUAAAACUUCAUGCCAUGAUGGCACAAGGUGGCUGGAUUACAUGAGUUGUUCCAGGAUUGCUAGCAACAUGUCAUUCUGCUUCAGCAUCUUCUUGGUACUUUAAUUGCACAGUAUCUAAUUCAGAAGGUCAGAAUGAGCAUGAAAACCUGCUUGCAGAAAUCAUGYGUUUCCAGAGUGGAUACAAUUCCAAAGAAAUACAAAUAUGAAUGGAGGAUUUCAGUUUUCUUAUAAAAACAAAACCAGAUGUCAGAUAUCAGUCCCACUCGCUGGCAUCAGCAAAACAGCUGAAGCUGAAAUUCCAAUCCAUCAGUAGAAAACACACAGGUGGAAACCAGGUCAGGCUGAAGCCAAGCCACAUGUAAAUAGGUAGUACUGUCAAUUGCUCUACAAAAAUGAGGGUCCUAUUUUUUUACAUCUGCGCUAUUUGUAGCCUUUGUUUAUGAAACCUACAAACUGUAAACUCACGUUAAUGUCUGGAGCUGGAGAAAUUGCUCAGUGACUACUGAGAAACGAAGGCAUGCUCGAGAAGGCCAUCCUGAGGUAGAGAUUAAAAAAAACAAACAGGUAGCAAAUGCAAAAGGGAGACAAACCAGUUCAAUGCUAAUGAAAUAUUCUCUCCUCAUUUGUUAAACCAACCUUAGGAAAAGACUGGACUAGAUGGUCACCUGAGGUAAYUUCCAACAUGAAUUGUGCUAUGAUAAGUGGUGGUUACUUGUUGCAAUCAGUCGGUUUGCACUGAGUUGAAGAUAUCCAGUGUGCAGUGAUGCAAACAACUAGAAAUUGCUUAGCUGGCAGCUCUCUGAUUAGGCAAAUUGGUAUUAAGUUAGGUGAGGAAAAGACUUCUUCCCAUGCUGUGAGGUGAAUAUGGAUGAUGAAUGGAGUGAAGACAAGAGCUAAACCCUCUGCCAUAGGGCAGCAAAAGCUAUCAGUAAGUAUGAGAUCAUUUCCCCAGCUGGCAGAAAUACGAGUGAACCCCUUGCCAUGAGCUUGGGCACAAAGAUCUCAGUGGUAAAACUUGAAAUUUGGCCUUGAAUUCUUGUGUGCAGAAUCUUAAGGCAGCAGCUGUUUUGAUGCAGCCCUGCAUCAACCCUGCUAAUUCUGGCCAGAACCUGUAUAUCUUAGUAAGAGAACUUGUGUGUGAUUACCUUUUGUAUCUUUCUCAACU